AUAAUUUUGUGCACAAUGUUCACAGCCCUGUUGAUUCUCGUUGUGGGCUUUACCACAAUUUUGGCCACAGACUACAUUCUAUUGAUUGAUGAUCCGGACAUCUACUCGAAUUGCAUCGACGGACCACCCGGCUCCCAAGGAAUCAACGAUGCCUUCGACACAAGUGAAAUGUUGGUUGAUGUGGACCCCGACGGGAUUCAUGUUUCGGGGAAUGUUACAUCCAGAUGGAAUAUGUCUCGCACAGAUAGAAUUUCAGCCAGAAUGAGCGUGCUGCACUACAACCGCGGUAGUUGGGAACCGACAGUAUUUAACUCCCUCACACCGGAUUUCUGCACCGCAAUGUUCGAUCCGAAUCAGUUUUGGUUUAAGUACUGGUUCAAAAAUUUUGCAAAUCGUGAAGAAAUGAAAGAAAAGUGCUUCUCAACGGCAGGUACUGUGUUAGUGUAUAACCCGUUCACCGUGGUUCCGCGACUAAAUAACGUCAUGGGGGCUCCUUUAAAAGGACGGUAUAAGGUUGUGGUAUUGUUUGAAGCAUUCGACGAAAAGAACCAACGAAGACCUUCACCCGUGUGCUUUGAGGUCACAGGCGAAAUUGAGAAAAUAAAAAAUUAACAGAAUAAAUAUGUACAAUAUGUAGAUUUAAAAGAUCGAUACAUGCAGAGAAAUUCCUUCAGUGAUCACUGUUUUGCUGAAUGCGGUCUAUGCCAUUUAAUAAAUGUUUUGUUGUAAUCAAAA